ACUUUUAGUUAAUCAGGGAAACAAAUGGAUUGUUAGCCCACUUACAAUCUGGAAGAAGAUUACAGAGCAUCUGGGCCAAAAUCCAUUUAUUAACAACUUCUUAUUAACAUUUACAACUGCAGACUGGGAGGCUUCGAGAGAGAAAGUGAGAAACCAAUGAGUGUUACCCUAGACUAGAAAGAAGAACCAAAAGUUCUGCUGCCAUUAAGACAGCAGCCUCUUACACUUAAAGAGAGAAUACAACCAGAAUGAUAUAAAAAAAUCACAAAAUAAAAGAAAUCCAAAAUUAGUGUUGCUGCUGAAGUGUUGCAUGGAGAAUAAAUGAGGCUCUCAAUUUGUGCAGCUGUAAGCAGCACAACCUAACAGGGGAAUUGGACCGAAAUUAAGAUCUCAUUUGCAUGCAGGAACUUUUUUUUUUUUUUUUUGCAAAGAAGCAUCAGCUAAACUGCUCUACAACACAGGAAUAACUAUGGUGAAAUAAAAUAGUAUGUGGCUUUCCCCUUUAAGUGAUCCAACAGUAUGGAAGAGAGCAGUGAGUCUGUAUGUUUUUGUCAUUUAUCAGAGGACUGAGUGCUGGCUGGGAGGUGUCGAGAAAGAACAAAAACAACUCCAUCUCAUUGGGACUACAAGAUUAAGGCUCCUUGAGGGAAAACAAAAUGAUAAGACAUUAAAUGUGACUGGGUUGGGCUUCUAACCCUCCUUUAUAAGUGUCAAAAGACCAAAGCAUCCCACAUUAUAAGCUGGGGGAACUGUGAGACCAGUGAGGCUGUGUCAUAAAGUGAAGUUGUCACCUGAAACAAUGGACGCAGAAGAGCUGAUUGAGUCCAUCAUCAGAGCUUUCAUGUUUAUAGCAGGGGUCCUGGGAAACAACUGGCUAGCUAUACGCUCCCUGCCCGAGCGGAAAUCUGGCAUCCGCACCAACGAGGUCCUUUUCAUCAACCUGGCUGUCUCCAACCUCAUCACCAACUACUUGGUGGACCUGCCCGACACCAUGGCGGAUUUUGCCGGCCGAUGGUUCCUGGGGGAAACCUACUGUGGCGUGUUCCGCUUCUGCGCCGACCUCUCUGAAACCAGCAGCAUCUACACAACCUUCUUCAUCAGCGCUUUCUGGCACCAGAAGCUGGUCGGCUCCCUGAAACGUGGGGGGGCGCCGGUGCGGCUGGACAGUCUGUGUCUGGUGGGGUGUCUGCUGGCCGGGAGCUGGACGGUGGCUCUGGUCUUCAGCAUCCCCCAUUUUUUCUUUGUCGCGGUUGAGGGAGGGAAUGAGAGCCAUGAAGACUGUAUAGAUGUCUUCCCUAAUGCAAUAGCCAGGCAAACCUAUGAAAUCUUUUAUUUAACCCUGGCUAAUGCUCUCCCUGUGGCUGGGAUUGUGUUCGCCAGUGUCCAAAUUGUCAUCACUCUGCUUCAAAACCAGCGACGCAUACAGGGUCAUAGCUCUGACCACAGCAAGAAAAUUGCUGAAAACAAGAGCACUGAAAACAGAAAUGAUGAGGGAUCUGUCAGCACUGAUACCAGACCAGACGCCUCAAAAGAUGUCAAAGACUCAGCGUCCCGAAACGACAUUUAUACUGGCGUUCCUCCUUCUUCUUGUCCAAAUGGAGGACUGCCUGGUCACAGUUCCCACAGCUCUCCCAUCAACAGGGAAACAAACACUGACAGCAGAUUUGGAACUCAACCAAAUCUUUCUAGGCCCAGCCAGAUGCCGGCUAAGCCCAGUGCGAACUCAAGCACUCAGGUGAGGGCAGCCAAGAGUGUGGUGGCUGUGGCCAGCGUGUUCCUGGUCUGCUGGCUGACUCAUCUGCUUCUGCGAAUCACCAACAACAUCCACACCUCCUCGAUGGUGGUGGAGGUGGCCAGCUAUAUUGCAGCCUCCUACACCUGCAUCAUCCCCUACAUAUUCCUGCAUGGAGUGAAAAAGCUUUCUUGCUCAUGUAAAAGGUAG